AUGGCAGUUAAACUACGGCACUGCAAUUUUCCAUCGCCAAGUUCGUCGAAUUCUUGGUUUUCCAAAGAACAACGCAAUGCAGACGCAAAGGCGUUGAACUUGAACUUGAACUUGCAUUGCCAGCUGGUAAAUAAUGGUAGAAGUUCCAAAACGAGAUGCUUCUUGCAUCGUGCUUUGUUUUGGAAUAGUGAAAAUGUUUUAGUAGGUUAUAGGAAAUAUUCUUUGAUAUCGUGUAGACCUAGAAGGAAGGUAAAGGAGCUGUUAUUUGCGGCUUCGGAUGAUGGUGUGACUGUUAAUGAGGAUUCUCGGGAUAGUGGAGGUAGUAAUGCUACUGACCUUGAAAAAAUAAAGGUGAAAUUGAAUAGGCCGAUGGUGAAUGAUGAGAAUUUCUGUGAGGGGCUUCUGCAGUCUCUGUAUGAUGCUGCUAGGAUUUUUGAGUUGGAAAUUAAGGAGCAGAACUCGCUCUCGAAAUUACCUUGGUUUUCGAUAAAUUGGUUUGGAGUAGAUAGAGUUGAGUGGGAGAAGACACUGUCAUAUCAGGCUGCGGUGUACUCCUUAUUGCAAGCUGCAAGUGAAUUAUCAUCCCAAAGUGAUGGGAGAGACAAAAAUGUCAAUGUGUUUGUCCAAAGGAGUUUACUCCGGCUUUCGGCUCCGCUGGAGAGUUUAAUUAGAGAAAAAUUAUCAGCCAAACAGCCCAAAGCAUAUGACUGGUUUUGGUCCAAGCAAGUUCCAGUUGUAGUCGCUUCCUUUAUUAAUAAGAUUGAAGGGUCUGGAAAAGAUAUAUGUGGGGGUUUAAGCAGUGCAAGUGAUGUAUCACUUCUUAUGCUUGCACUAACAAGCAUUGCUGUAAUCAUAAAAGUUGGCCCGGCAAAACUUUCAUGUUCACAAUUCUUUUCAAUGAGCACGGAGAUAACUGGUAGUUUGAUGGACUUGUUGGUUGAUUUAAUUCCGAUAAGCCAAGCCUAUAGUUCUGUCAGGGAUGCUGGUCUGUGCAGAGAAUUUCUUGUUCAUUUUGGUGCUCGAGCUGCAGCAUGUGGAGGUAAAAUUGAGCAAGGUUCACUAGAGGUUGUUUUCUGGGUAAAUAUUGCUCAAAGGCAGCUUCAAAAAGCUAUUAAUAAGGAAAGAAUAUGGUCAAGACUGACAACAUCUGAAAGUAUAGAGGUUUUGGAGAAAGAUUUAGCAAUAUUUGGGUUCUUUAUUGCUUUAGGAAGAAGUACACGGUCCUUUCUUUUAUCAAAUGGUUUCAAUACUCUAGAUGAACAAGUUGAUGAUUUUUUAAGGCAUCUCAUUGUAGGAAGUGUUGUAUAUUAUCCUGAGCUCUCGUCUGUAAGUUCAUAUCAAUUGUACGUGGAGGUAGUUUGUGAAGAGUUGGAUUGGCUUCCUUUUUAUCCUGGAAACACCAAUACUGCAAAACAGCUUCACAUGCAUAAAAGUAAACAUGAAGGUCCUCCAAAUGCUGAAGCAGUGCCCCAAGCACUAGAUAUUUGCUCUCAUUGGAUGCAGAGCUUUAUAAAAUACAGUACAUGGCUAGAGAGCCCUUCUAAUGUGAAGGCGGAUAGAUAUUUGUCAAUAGGGCACAAAAAGUUGUUGGAGUGCAUGGAAGUUAGGAUGCUAAAAGAUAAGACAUUGGAGAUCUGUGCCAACAAAACAGUUGAAAGAUCUGCAGUUCAUUCAAGUGCAAUUGUGUCAGAUUCUUUUGAUGAGGUUUUACAAAAUGUAGAAGAAGUUGUGCUAAGACUGGAGAGUUUGCUUCGAGAGUUGUAUGCAUCAAGUGCUAGUUCUAGAAAAGAAAAUUUGAAAGCAGCCUAUUCUGUUCUGGAAAAAAUACGGAAGCUCAAGAAGGAAGCUGAAUUCAUUGAGGCAUCUUUCAGAGCAAAAGCAGAUUCACUACAAGAAUCCCACAAUCCAGUUGGUGCAAAGCAAGAGUAUUUUAAAGAAAAGAGCAGAAAGAGUGCUAAUGUGGAUAGAAGCAAAAAAUACAUUGGCAAAUCUCAGGGGUUCAGAAACGACUUUGUACAGGACAAUAUUAUCGAACUGUUUACAUCAAAUGAAGAUAUCCUGGACCCAGAAGCCAGUGAUGUCCAUCGCUUUAAAAAUCUGAGAAAUGAGUUAGUUGAACUUGAGGGACGGGUUAAAAAAAGUGCUUAUGAAUCAGUAAAGGACGAUGAGUUGGGGCUUAUGGAUGAUGGUGCUGGACAUAGUGAUGAUGCUGGAGUUGUUCAGAUGGUCCAAAUUCAGAAGGAAGGAGAUAUCAUAAAAAAGUCUCUUAGCAAGCUAAAGGAAACAGGAACAGAUAUUUGGCAAGGAACUCAACUUCUAGCUAUUGACGCUGCCGCCGCCACGGUUUUAGUUAGAAGAACCAUAAUGGGAGAUGAAUUGACUGAGAAAGAGAAGAAAGCACUCAAGAGAACCUUGACUGACAUGGCUUCGGUUAUUCCAAUUGGAAUUCUAAUGCUUCUUCCGGUUACUGCUGUUGGACAUGCAGCCAUGUUGGCUGCUAUUAAGAAAUAUGUACCAGCGCUGAUACCAUCGACUUAUGCACCAGAAAGGUUGGAUAUCUUGAGGCAGCUUGAGAAAAUGAAGCAAAUGACACCUAGUGAUAUGGGAUCAGACAAGGAAGUAAAUGAAUUUAAUUAA